AAUGUCAUAAUUCAUAAUUCAUAAUUUCAUACAUUAAAUGGGAGGUGCUCACGGCCGUUGCUCUGGCGCUCAUCGGAAGCAUCCCACCCCCGUCUACACCACUUUUCCGGACACAACAGCCCCUGCCUCAGCCUUUGGUCGUGAUCCAUCAAACACAGUCCGCACCAACAUGUCUUGUCUGCCUUACGCUCAUGUUGAUUCCAACUUAAGAGCUCUGGCUGGGCAGGCCGAGGGUUUCGGCCGUCUUGCCAUUGGUGGUCUUCACGGACCUCUUUAUCAUGUCACCACUCUAGCAGAUGAUGGGCCAGGAUCACUUCGUGAUGGAUGUCGUAAGAAAGAACCACUUUGGAUUGUCUUUGAAGUUUCAGGCAUCAUUCAUCUCUCAUCUUACCUGAAUGUAUCAUCUUAUAAAACUAUUGAUGGGCGGGGCCAGAGGAUAAAACUCACAGGAAAGGGUUUAAGGCUGAAGGAAUGUGAGCAUGUAAUUAUAUGCAAUCUAGAGUUUGAAGGUGGUAGAGGACAUGAUGUUGAUGGCAUUCAAAUAAAACCUAAUUCAAAGCACAUAUGGAUUGAUCGUUGCAGCCUCCGUGAUUUUGAUGAUGGACUGAUUGAUAUCACUCGUGCAAGCACGGAUAUUACCAUUUCCAGAUGUCACUUCUCACAGCAUGACAAGACGAUGCUCAUUGGAGCAGACCCAUCUCACACUGGUGAUAGAUGUAUUCGGGUGACCAUUCAUCAUUGCUUUUUCGAUGGCACUCGACAGCGGCACCCUCGUGUUAGAUAUGGGAAAGUACAUCUAUAUAAUAAUUACACCAGAAACUGGGGCAUUUAUGCUGUUUGUGCCAGUGUAGAAUCACAGAUAUACUCCCAAUGCAAUAUAUACGAAGCAGGACAUAAGAAGGUGGCAUUUAAAUAUCUUACAGAGAAGGCAGCUGACAAAGAAGAGGAAAGAACUGGCUGUCUAAGGUCAGAAGGGGACUUGUUCAUAACCGGAACUCAAGCAGGCUUAAUGACUGUGGCCAGUGAAAUGUUUCACCCUCGGGAAUUCUAUCCCACAUGGACAGUUGAGGCUCCUUCUGAUGCUCUUAAGCAGGUUCUCCAUCAUUGUACAGGAUGGCAGUGUGUUCCCCGGCCAGCAGAUGAAGCAGCAAUUGCUUAGUAGCUUCAACUUUCAUCCAUAGUAUAUAAUAAAUCUGUUUUGCAUCACUCUGAGGUUGCACACAUCUCCUUUUCCUUUUUUUACCCGGUUGCCAUAAUAUAAGAAUAAAAUGUGGUAAUUCUGAUUAUAUUGUGUCAUUUGUUGUGUAGUCUGUCCAAUUUUCUCCUCUCUUUUCCUCUUUUUUUUGGUUUAUCUGAGAGGUUAUGUAUGGGUGAGCUGGGUCUGUUGGGCGGUGGGUUUCUGCGGUCCACUCGUUUAAAGCCUCUGUAUGCAGUCAUCUAGAGCCUCUUUCGUGCUCAAGUUUUGCACUUGUUUCUGUCAUUUUCAUUGAAAAUUUGAUAUGGUGACUUGGUGAGCAAUGAAUGAGCUUUGGAUAGGGAUCCCCCCCAAUGGCUCAAAGUGUUGUUUGUGACCCGGAGUCUCUAACAGAGCGCCACUUUGGGUGUCAAAUGUUACGCCAUGUGUGGAGGUUUACCUAUCAAAUUUCUACAAUGCGCUGACGGUUUGAUUAUGUUACUUCCCGACUUAUUCUGGA